UUUCUUGCUGCCUUUCGCCUACCAUUGCUUUGAAUCGAGAUCACCAGUUGGAGUGCAUUCCAACGCGCGCGCAGAUCUUCGAUUGGCAGACGGGGGAGUCUAUCAACAGCACCCUCCUCGGAGACCGCGUUGAGAUCGUGUGGGAGGUUUCGGUCGACAGUCUUCUUUUGAGCUGCCCAACCUAUCAGGCGCUUAUGCCGUUGAACCACGCGGACGCGCUCUGGUACCACGAGCAUGCGCGAAGAGGGCACUACCCGCAUGACCCGAAGCGAUGCGCUAGUUGCCGUGCAGGGCUGAUAAAGCAAGAUCCGCGUGGGCAAGCAAAAGUGAUCCACACGAUCCAAAACGAGUGCGCAACCACAGAGGACACGGUCUCGCACAUUGUCGCAGCAGACGUUGGCGGACCCUACCCCCAAGACCCGGCUGACGAGUCGAAGUACGUCUGCGUGAUGUACGACUACGGCAGCGAAGCAGGCGCAGGCACCAAAGCAGAGACCAAAGGUGGCAUCUUCGAGAAGGGCCUUCGCGAUUGGCUUCGCCGCGGCUGGAAGAAGAUGAAGUUUUUGUACCCGGACAACCCGCGGGAAGCGGAGUUUGGUUUGGGUUUGAGUUUGGUUUGAGUCGCCGCGGCUGGAAGAAGAUGAAGUUUUUGUACCCGGACAACCCGCUGGAAGCGGGCACAAACUCUCUUUUGAGUUUGAUGCGCGAAAACGACAUCCGGAUGCUGCGCAGCAGAUCGCACAGAAAAGCGCACGGCGGCGUUGAGUCACUACUCGGUCAGGCCCUUGCAGGCGCACGAGUAUUGAUUCUUUCGGCUGGUGUUGACGCCAAUUACGGCUUUAGAGCGAUGCUGCAUUUCUUUUGGGUCCGAAUGCGCACGGAGCGAAAGCACCGCUCCGGAACGACCAAGACGCCGACUGAGUGGCAAGGAGAAGGCUCCCACGAGGUGUUGAAGCUGGCGGAUGCGCUUACGUUUGGAACGAAAUGCUACGGCAUUCCGGCGUCCGGAAACGUGACGACAGCGGAAAAGAUCAGCGGAAAAGGAGUGUUUGGCACUUGGGUCGGUUUUUCGCGGUUUCACGCGCACAUCCUGAUCACAGACGAUGAUGAGGAAUUCCAUUGCAACACGGUGCGCAUCGUCGAAGAAGCAAAACAGCCAUCCGUUUCUGUGGUCGGGCUCGAGAUCGACGCUCGCUUACAGCCGCUUCGCGAGGAGAUGGCUUUUGAGGAAGUUGACACGGGCAAGAAAGUCACGUUCGCGAGCGAGGAAAAGGCAGACGCAGCGUCUUCCGCCUCUGGAGCAGGCACUCCAGUUGCGGGCACGGGCAUGUUUCUGCCUCGGAAGCCAAAGUUUAGCGCAUACGACGAUGCGCCGACGCCGCAGCACAUCCCGCCAGCCGGACUCACGUACGAUAAGGCAGAGAUGAAGGAAAUCCUACAGCCGGAGAAGAUGCGGCAUCAUCUUCCAUCCGGCGAAACUAGCCUCCCGAACGGGAUGUACGCGUGGCAGGACGGGCACAUCUAUGUGCAGGACGGUUCGUUCUGGGCGUCGUGCGCCUUUCACGGAGAGCCGGGAGAAGUUUUCCUUGCGGCGUUAGACGACACAACAGACGGUGAGCCAGACGCGGACAGCGUCUUGUCGCACGAGGCAGCAGCCGACGACGCGACGGGGCGUGGGUUUUCGGGCAAACGCGCGCUGGAGUUGCGCUUCGGGUUUGCAGCGAUGGAGGAGGCGUGGAACAAAGAGUACAGCAAGCACACGGAAAGCGGCGCGUUCGUUCCGGUACCGCCAGAGUACAAGAACGUCUACCGCGAGCGCAAAGCGGUUCGGCCGAUUGCGCAGGCCCUGUACAAAGCAAAGAAGCACGCCAACGGACAAGAAUUUGUGAAGUGCAGGUUUGUCAUUCUGUGGAACGUCGUGCAGCGUUCGCAGGCUGAGAAGGUCUUCACAAAGAUCCGAGCAACGGGAUCCACACCUUCGCUUGAGUCUAUUCGAUUGCUGAGCAUCGCCUCUCUAUUGGCGGGGCAGAAAGUCGGCGUGAUCGAUGAAGAAAGCGCGUACAUCAAUACGACCUUUGACUGGCGUUUUGAGGGAGCGGGUAAGAACAUGCCGCUUUGCGAGGCACUUCCGUUUCCGCUGUUUUCGCUGGAACAGGCUGACGGCACUUCGAAGGAACAGAUGCUGCGGGGAAAUAUCAACGGCGUACGCGGCGCUCCAGCGUGUUACGAAAAAGAACGUGAUAGCAAGUUCGCAAGCCAGCGCCUGUACAGGUCUCUCCGCGAAGAUUCGCUCAAGCUAGGCCCUUACACUGUGCCCGGAGAGCAGCACAACGUCCACGAGCUGGAGGAACAACGAUCCAGCGAUGACAUGGCAUAUCGCCCACUACCGCGCUAUCCAUGGUCCAGAACGCGCUCCAUGGCGCUUACGCACGUUGUCGACAGCUUGAUCAAGUCCGGAGACGACUGGCCCCAACAGUUGGCCGGCCUGGAAAGCCAGAUCAAGCUGAAAGAGGGCAACAGGGUAACUAAGAGUUACGAGACGGAGGACUACGGCGUGGUCGAGCUCACGACAGUGGAAUUUCGAGGCAUUGAGAUCACCACCUGUCUGAGCCCGCCGUUGCUAGUGCACAGCCAGUUGCAGUACUUGACGAGCAAGUACCCCGACCAGGGAGUUAAGAUUCCGAAAACCCCAGUUAGAGCAACACUGACUGAGGAAUGCGCCCUGGCAUUUGCAGCAGAAGAGCAGACCACCCCGCAAAACCUAAAGAAGAAAAUGGUGGCAAGCGGUUCCAAUCAGUUCCUCAUGCUGACAGGCCCGCACCUGUUGUUUCCAAUUCGCGCAUUGGCGUCAGCACCUCCGUACAAAUGCACAAUGACGGCUGCAGAGGGUUUUUCAAGUUUCGUUGCGAACAACAAGUGGCGUUUAGACCUAACACCAGGACAAGCCACGGACACCGAGCACGAGAGCGGACACGAGCAAGAACGUGCUACCCUACAUACGCUCUAUGACGCAUCCUUCUCGGCAAAAUGCAGCCACGGCGGCGUCGAGUCGCUCUACCGGGGCAGCAUGGUCAACGCGCUUUCGGCUCGCAUUACCAUCACGUGCGCGAGUGCGGCUGAAGCUGAGUUGGCCACCGGGGCUAUUGCGGUGCGAGUGCACGAAAACACAACAGAGUCUCUCGUCGAGAUCGGCGAAGCACGUUUUGGCGAGCACGUCUAUGACGCGGGCGAGCCCUUAGGCCUAGUGCCGUCCGGUUUUAGCGUUGUCUCAGGGGACAACACAGCGGCACAGCAUGUUAUUGCAGGAGCAGGAUUGUCGCGCAAGAGCAGAGGCAUGGCGGUCAACGGCCUCUUCGUCCGACAACGAGUACAACACCAGCACAACAGAUUCCUAUCGAGGAUCGAUACGCAUUCGAACAGUUCGGAUAUCCUCACGAAGAUCCUACCGCAAGAGGACUUCAACAGACACGCCGAAGCGAUGGGAAUUUUUCAGCUGGGAAAUGUGACAGCAAACAGCGUUGAAGACGUGACCGACCUCAUCGGCCGCAACUUCGAUGCGAUUAGACGCGCACGAAAGAAAGCGUUAGAGCAGAGCAAGAUCCCGGGCUUCAAGUGGUCUUUGCCGACCAAGCUGGAGCAGUACAGCAUGGUCUAAGCGACGGGCUGGAGUCUCGGAUUGAUGUGUUAACUCGAGACGAAAAGUGACUAGACCAACAAAUUAGCAGUACUUAACACCAAGCUCAGAGAGUUUAGCUCUCGUUAGCUGGGCCCUGUGUUAAGUCGCAGCAAAUAAGCUGCCACGUGUUUUAGGACUAAUCUUAACACAAGCAACGCCUCCGACUGU